CAUGCGCAAGGCCUUCUCUUUAUGAAUUUAGUAAUCAAGGUCGAAUUAUAAACAAACGUGUCCCAAAUGAAUUUUGAGACAAAACUAACAUUUUAUGGGUGAAAAGUGAAAUUGUCAAGUACUGCAGAUGUAAAUGUUAUUUAUUAAUUCUCUACCUAUCUGGGUUGUGAUUGUUUUUUAUUUUCUAAUUGAAUACUGUCUCACCAAAUCACUGCCGUGUUAAUUAUUAUUCUUUAAACAUUUUAAAAUUUAUAAUUUUUAUGUGACAAAUGGAAAAAAACAGCUUUUAAUGUGGCAAUGUUUUGAAUUACUGACUUAUAAUGGAAGAUUCAUAAUAUGGUUUAAAAGAACAUUUUGAAACACUAAAAAAAGUAAUUUUAUGUAUUAACAACAGUAUUACGAUUGGCGGAGAAAUUGGGUAAAUAAGUAUUAAAAAAAAAAAAAAAGAAAAAAGAGUAAGAACUCACGUCGUGGAACAAUCUACUAAUAGAAUCGAUACCGCUACGAAGAACAGGCGGUGGCGGUGUUGGAAGAAGAGUAGAAAAAAAGACUAAAAAAAAAAAACUAAAAAACAGAAUUAAAAAAAGAAUUUAAAAAAUUACUUUCUAAAUUAUAAGAAAAUUACUGACAUGUUAGGUGGAACACGGCGUUUAAAUUGGUCCCUUCGUCUUUCAUUGGUUCUUAAUGUUUGUGUUAUUCUUUAUAUCUGUGUUUAUUAUCGUACAACAGCCGGACCCUGGGUAGAUGAAACACCAAGUAAUUGGAGUGUAAAUCAAAUUCAGCCCGUUGCAUUUAUUGAUAAUAUAAAUAUUCCCAAUUCAUCAUUAUCAUCAACUAUUUCCUCUCGAGCCAAAGAGAAACAUGAUAAUUUAGAUGUAAAAAAAAUUUCCGACGAUGAGAAAAUUAAAAAUGGAGAAAAAAAAUUAAAUGACAAUAAUACGGAUCAUCAAAAUGAAACGAUUCGAGUUCGUUCAACAUCUUCACUUGAAGAAGCAAUACCUUGUCGAGAAAAGUCUCUGGAACAUCGAAUAUCACAAAGAGGUGAUUAUUGGGUUCUUUAUAAUUAUGUGCCAAUGAAUAUGUUUGUUCAUUGUUGGGAAACAAUUACAUAUUCGACGCAUGCCGAUUAUACAUUUUUCGAUAAUUUGGAACCACUACUCGAUCGAUGGAGAGCGCCAAUAUCAAUUGCUCUUCAUGCACCUGGUACUGAUUUUCAGCCAACUAUUGAUUCUAUUCAAUAUGCUCGCAGUUGUGGUAGUCCUUUGGUCAGUCAAUUGGUCACCUUUCACAUUUAUUUCAGCAGUAAACAUAUGCCAAAAGCGAUCCCAUCAAGAAGUAAAAUAUUAUCAGAACAAUAUAAUUGCUCAUUGACAGCACCUUGGAUUAAUGUCCCUGUUUCUAAAUUAUAUAAAACUGAUAAAAGAUUACUUUAUCCUGUUAAUUUAGGACGAAACAUUGCACGUGAAUCGGCAUUAACACAUUAUGUACUUGCGAGUGAUAUUGAACUUUAUCCUAGUCCAAAUUUACCUGCCAAAUUUUUAGAAAUGAUACGAAAAAAUAAGCAACCAGCACUUUUGAAACCAAAUCCUAAAGUUUUUGUACUUUCUAUUUUUGAAGUUACUAAAACAGCUCAACCGCCUACUAAUAAAACAGUACUGUUACAAAUGUUAAAAUCUGGACAAGCAAUACCAUUUCAUAAAAAAGUUUGUCCUGGAUGUCACAAUAUUCCAAAAAGUAAAGAAUGGCAAGAUGCACCAGAAACAGAAAAUUUGAAUAUAUUUCAUGUGGGCAAAAGAGCUGGCGUUUUUAUACAUUGGGAACCAAUUUUUAUUGGAACUGAUAAUGAUCCACUUUAUGAUGAAAGACUCAGCUGGGAGGGUAGAAGUGAUAAAAUGACACAGGGUUACGCACUUUGUGUGUUAGAUUAUGAUUUUUUAAUAUUGGACAAUGCUUUUUUAGUACAUCGACCUGGAAUUAAAAUUUAUAAAAAAGAUGCAAGACGCGAUAUGUUAACAGCAAAAACAAAUCAGUUAAUAAGAAAGAUUAUUGUGCCAGAACUAAAAGUUCUUUAUGGUACACGAAAAGGCUGUGCCAUUUGAAAUUUCGAGUAAACUUAUGACUCAACUGUUAUGACAAGUGCCAAAGAAGAGUACUUUUAUAACUGGGCUUUGCAAUUUUACAGAUUUCUAUUUUUAUUACUUGUUUUUUUUUAUUAUUAUUUUCGCAAACUCCAAAACCAAAGUAUUCACCUUUGGUACUGCAGUAUUAAAAUACAAGUGUGAAAGUAUAUAAAUGUAAAUAUUUGGAUGAAUUUAAGGGGAUAAGAUUUUUUACUUACAUGUCUGUACAUAGCCUAUAAUGUUGAAAGCAGGAUUCAAAUGUAGGGAGUUUAAAGCUAAUAAAUUUAUAUAUAUAUUAUAGUUUAA